AGUCAAUGCGAAUAAACCUAAUGUCGACCGACGUGGAUAGACGAACAGCAAGUAGCACGACGUGCAAAUUAAUUCCGUGCAGAGUUAAACAGUCAAAUUUAUGGCUACUGAUCUGUUCUAUCGACUAUAUCGCAUUAACAUGUGACACAGAGGAAAAUGAUAACGGUUGAAGUCUGCGACCUGCAGCAAAAAUGAAUAUGUUCUAAACGCUUGCAGCAUCAUCUUUGAAUCAGCUGUCAUAAGCAGACGAUGCACAGUAUCUGAUGCCAUUUAUUGGAUUGUAAGGUCAUGGAAUUGACUGAAACUAGUGUACAGAUAAGAGAUUGUUCCAUUGACUUUAUUCCUGUUUACAUUAAACAAGAGAAUGAUGAACAUGAGACGGAUUUUAAUGAUAUUGAAAUAAUUAAUGCAGCACAAAAUUUUUGUUCUAUUGAAAUUAAAGAAAGCAAAGGAUGUGGUACAAUUAAUAACAAUGAAGAAUCAAAUAUAAACAACAAAAGCAGUAUACAAAAUACAAAUAAUUUAAAUAGUCCAAACUCAGCAUUAAAUAUUACACAACAAAAUGAAACCUGUAAUAUCAAUGGUAUUUUAAAUAGUUCAGUGUAUUUGCAAAAUUUGGAUUAUGAAAAUAUAAAUAUAGAAAUACAAAAACCAACGAAUCAAAUAGCUGAAGUUUUUAUUAAUCAAAAUGAACAAAUACAAACAACCAAUUAUAAUGUUUCAACAGUUACAAUACCAAGUGAACUAUUAGGACUAAAUCUUAAUAUAAAAAAGGAAAAUGAAUUAGAUCAAGAAACAGUUUAUAGUACAGAAUGGUUGUGCAAUGUAAAUAAUGAAACUGAUCUUCGAUUAAAAGUUUCAAAAAAUACCAAGGAUAGGAUUCAAGAAGUUCCUACUGACAUUGAUGAUACAAUAACAAUAUUGAACAAACACAAAGAUCAAACAUUAGAGAAUGUUAAUAAUAUAAGAACCAAGGAAUGUAAACCUGAAAGACCUAAAAGACAAUUGAAAAUAAGAUCAAACUCGUUACAAGAUUAUAAAGAAAAGUUACGAAGAAAGGCAGAGUGCAUGAGAGAGAAAAGGAAAAAAUUAUAUGAACAAGAAAGUGAAGAACAGCGGCAACAGAGAUUAGCAAAGGAGGCAGCGAAAAGACGAGAAAUGAGAAUGUAUUAUGAAACACCAGAGCAAAGAAGAAAAAGAUUAGACGCAGAAGCUGCAAGGAAAAGAGAAUACAGGAUGUACAAUGAAACACCUGAAGACAGAAGAAAAAGGUUAGAUCGUGAAGCAGAAAGAAGAAGAAUGAAAAGGCUUUCGCUAUAUGCUAGUGAAACUCCUGAACAAAGAAGAGAGAGAUUAAAUAGAGAAUCAGCGAAGAGAAGAGAGGCUCGACUUAAUCAAUAUGCUAAAGAAACACAAGAAGAAAGAAAAGAAAGAUUAAAGAGAGAUGCUUUGAGAGUUAGAGAAAUGAGAUUUACUAGAUCUGCUAUUGAAACAGAAGAGGAGCGCAAACAAAGGUUAGUAAAAGAUGCUCUUCGAAAAAGGGAGGUAAGAAUGCAUGGACGUCAUUCGGUGAAUAAUAAUUUCACUGAACUUCAAACGGUUCGCAAUUUUGAAGAAUUAAACAAUGUGCAGAUAAAGGAGAAUCCUGAUAAUAAAUUGGGAGGUCAUUACUUGAGUAACUGGAUGAUGUGGUUCCAAAAUUCAUUAGUCCAACCUGUUCAUGUUGAAGAACAAAUCAUCAAAUCUCAAUCAGAAAGUAAUGGAUAAAAAAUUUGUAUAAUAAAUUUUUACUACUGUAUAUAUUCUCUUUAAACAUCUAUACAUGAAACAUAAAUCUCAAUCAUGUAAGAUGAUUUGUACAUAUUAUUUAUACAAUAUUUAUGCUUGAAAUAUAAUAGCAAAAUAUAACAUAUUCUAUGGCUGCAUCAACAUAAUAUUUAGAAUAUACAACAUAUAUAAAUAAUGGUUCUUAUAUACUGUAUAAUUUUAUUUUUAAUAUUUAUAUACUUUACAAUCAAGUACGAUUAUGUUAUCAUAUAUUGUUAAGAAUGUAAAAACUUGUUAUUUACUAUAUUUAUUAAUGUAAGAUAAAAUUCAAUGACUAAUGAAUACUAUAAACAUUUGAAACGUUUAAUAUCAUUAAACUUUGUAUCGUAAAAAUUACAAAGUAUAUUCAGAAGUUUUACUAUUUCAAGAGAUGUACAAAAUAUGAUAAAAUUAUUGCAUUGUUAUUCUAUUAUUUAAUAUAAAUAACAAAAAAGAAUUUAUUAAUGUAUCAAAAUUGUAAAGAAUUAGAAUGAUACAUUUGUGUGAGAUAAAAGAAAUACAUACUUCUUAACAGUGCCUUUUUGUUCACUGUUCUACAAAAGCAAUUUCUAAUGUGAUUCAAACAAUUUAUACAUAUGUAUAUAUCAUUUAAUUAUGAAUGAAUGAUUCUGACGAAAAUGUGACUACUUCUUAAACUAUACAUACAUUGUCAUGCGACUUUCCUACAAGUUCCUUUAUAUGGAAUAAAAUAAGAUAAUAUCGUUAUCA